CUGGCAACGGAAACGACAGAUGACACUGAAGGAAAUCGGGAGACCUGGCAGCCUUCCAGCCCGCAUGGCUAUUCUACAUCCCACAUUUCUUUCCCAUCCCAGACCGAGAACUCGCUUCCCACCAACCCUUCCUCCAGUGCAUCCUUUUUAUGGAGCCCCAACAAGCCCUUCCAUCUCAACACAACUUCCUCUCCUCUUCCCACCUCAUCUUCUGCCGCCUCCGCUACUCCUUCGUCGCCCAAAGUACCUACUCCCUCUCCGGCCACGAGAGUCACCAGCUCUGCUACUCCAACGCUUCACUAUACGAUCUCCUCCCUGCGAGAUCCAUCCGCCUCCUCGGCGGACGGUGGCGACCUGACGACCGAUAGUGGUGCUGCCUCGUCUCCAGACUUUGGGAGGCCACGGUCUCGCGACGGGGAAACAGGAGAGUCGCUUCAUGUAACUCCGACGCCCGGCUCGGUGGACAAGGGAGCGGGAGCAUUGGUCAACCCGUCUGCCGCAUCUACAGUAGAGAGGGUCAGUAAAAGCGACGGGAGCAGAACAAGGCCUGAUGAUGGGCAGGACAGCGGAUUCGAGGAUGACGGGGAGAAAGAGGAAGAAGGGGAAGACGAAGAUGAAUAUGCCUUGAGAGGAGACGACGACGAGGAAUGGAUGUUCGAUUUGACUCUCAAUAAUGCAGAACUGCUGCUCGACAACGAGCAGAUCAAACGAAUCGAACGAGAUGUCUUCAUCUCAUUCAUAGUCAUUUAUAUUCUGGGGCAUAUUUUCUUCAUAUUCUGGCUCUAUUUUGACGUAAGUAUUGCACAGAAGCGAUUCAGUUUUUUUGAGAGAGAAAGAAAUUAUUCUAGAAUGGUACUCAUCCUAGCUCAGAGCCUUUGGGAAAUGUUUUUGAUAUGCAUUAAAUUAUCCUUUUGUUUCCAUCCCACCUUUGAUAGCCUUAGCUACAUCACACCAUGA